AUAGAUAGGUUAUUGAACUAUUCUGUAGGGAUUAAGAUUUUAUUACAGAUAGAUUUUUAAAAAAUGUAAGUUGAUUUGCGGUAUGUGUUUGUGAAAGUCUCCGGAGGGAAUCAGCGUGAAGUGCCCUCUUUAUGUGCAAAGUAUGGCAUGGAAGAGACAGCGGAUGCAUAUGUGAAAACGAUAUCGCAGCCUCUCCUGCUGAAGACGGUCAUGGCUCGAGGUGUUAGUUGUUGGUCGGAUACCUUGAAGAUCCGGAGGCGAGGCUUUCCUCCAUAUAAAACGCACGCAGUGUGCCGGCGCAUCAGUUAGUGACGGUUCCGGAAGACAGACAGACCACAACACAAUGAAACGAUUCCUGUUAUUGUCGGUGCUGGCGAUUGCUCAUGCGCAGUUCCCGAACGGACGCAUCCUAGAACCUCCAGUACCCUCACAGUGCGCGCAACGCGUCAUUCAUGAAAGAUACGCCGACAACAAGGGUUACUUUUUCUCAUGGAGGGACCCCGCCUUACGCGGAGUUGAAGAGGACUGGCUGAGUGCAAGAAACUACUGUCGUCAGCGUUGCAUGGACCUUGUCUCUUUGGAAACAAGUGACGAAAAUGAAUGGGUGAAAGCUCGUAUCGUUCAAGAUAAGGUUAAAUACAUAUGGACUUCGGGACGUCUUUGCGACUUCAAAGGCUGCAACCGGCCCGAUCUUCUGCCCAACGAGGUCAACGGAUGGUUCUGGACUGCAGAACUUCAAAAGCUUGCCCCUACUACGAACCGCCAACAAAACGACUGGUCUGAAGGCGGUGGAAUUGGCAAACCCCAGCCUGACAACCGGGAGCUGAUCCAGGGCGGCGCUGCGGAACACUGUGUGGCCAUUCUAAACAAUUUCUACAAUGACGGCGUCCACUGGCAUGACGUCGCCUGUCAUCAUCGCAAACCAUUCGUCUGCGAAGAGAAUGAUGCGCUCCUAAAAUAUGUCCGAUACACUAACCCUAAUUUGAGAGUUUAAUAUUCAAUUUUUAAAGAUGCAACUAAGGAUUUUAAUAAAUUCUCAUGAAUGUAACCGAAUUGACAAAAAUAGAUAAAAAAUUACUACGUCAGUCUAUCAAGAUACAUUACGAGCGAAAACACUUAAAUUUAAAAACCGGUAAUUUCUUAUAAAGUUUUAAAAAUAAAAUAUUAUCUUAGAUCUAAGUCUUACCUCAUUGAAUAUUUAUUUCAGUAUUUAAGCAUACGAGUAGUCAGUACAAAACCAACAAAUAUUUAUUUAAUAAAGA